AUGGUUCUUCCUACUGUUAAUGACGUAGCUACUAAGCAUCCACUACAAAAUCGAUGGGUAUUAUGGUAUGAUAACCCAAAGAAACGCCACUCGACCGAGUCCUGGGAAGAAAAUCUGAAGAAUGUGUAUACAAUUAGUACAGUAGAAGACUUUUGGUGUCUAUACAACAAUAUUCUAGUACCUACAAAGCUUUCAAUCGGCAGUAAUUAUCACUUAUUUAAGGAAGGAAUUCGACCAAUGUGGGAAGAUCCGAUUAAUGCCAAGGGCGGGAAGUGGAUUUUCACUAAUCCUCGCUCGCGUAAAGCGCGACUUGAUGAGUGUUGGCUCUACGUGAUGCUUUCACUGAUUGGUGAGACGCUGCAGGAUGAAGAUGAUGUUUGUGGUGCUGUGGUUAGCGUGCGCAAGGCGCAAGACCGCAUUGCUAUUUGGAGUGCAACAGCGGAUGCUGAGGACCGUCAGAAGGCCAUUGGACGGGGCUUUCGUCAAGCUCUCGUUGAUCUUGGCAAGAGUGAAGUGCUCAAGUAUCAGUCGCAUGCUGACGCUGCGGCAAGCGGAUCCAGUUUCCAGAACGAAGUACUGUAUGAGGCGUGA